UAAGCUAAGGCGGGAUCUUGACGUGCAAGGUCCAAUGGAGUGAUAGGAAGGAGAUAAGGGGAGGGGUGAAAGCGUCCGAGGUUAGAGACACGUACGGCUCGGAAAAGGACGGUGGCAGCUGUUGUAACUGCGACGGGAACAGCCUCCGCAGUUGAUUGUGUAUUUCAACAGUGUUUCAGCAACCUGCCAGCUGAGUACAAUGGACGUCUUCAACAGGAACAUAAAUUUUGAUGCCCUUUUCAAAUUCUCCCACAUCUCUGCAUCAACCCAACAGCACCUGAAGAAGGUCUAUGCUAGCUUUGCGCUGUGCAUGUUCCUGGCAGCAGCCGGUGCCUACAUCAAUGUGGUUGCUCAGCUGGUGCAGUUUGGGCUCUUGACUGGCCUGGGAGCGCUGGGCCUCAUGAUCUGGCUGAUGGCCACACCCCACAGCCAGGAAACAGAAAAGAGACGGCUGGGCAUGCUGACAGGCUUUGCCUUCCUCACUGGCGUCAACCUAGGCCCUCUGCUGGAGAUGUGCAUUACCAUCAACCCCAGCAUCAUCCCCACUGCUUUCAUGGGCACAGCUGUGAUCUUUAGCUGCUUCUCCCUGAGUGCCCUCUUUGCCAAGCGUCGUGCCUAUCUGUACCUAGGAGGUGUCCUGUUCUCUGGCCUGUUCCUGAUGCUACUCUUCUCCCUGGUCAACAUUUUCCUGGGCUCGUCCUGGCUCUUCACAGCUAAUCUCUACAUCGGACUUAUGAUUAUGUGUGGCUUUGUACUAUUUGACACUCAGCUCAUCAUUGAGAAGGCUGAGAAUGGAGAUAAGGACUACAUCUGGCAUUGCGUGGAUCUCUUCCUGGAUUUUGUCAACAUCUUCCGGGAGCUCAUGGUCAUCUUGAGCAUGAAUGAGAGCAACAAGAAGAAGAAAGAGAAGUGAACUCACACUGGAUGCCUGUGUGGAGCCGCCUCUUUCUCUCGUGACCCCUCCCCUUUGCCCCUCACCUGCUUCCAUCCAACUUGAUCUGCAUUAAAGGUGCCCCCCUCCCCACCCCUUAUCCUGGUUGUUCUGUGUGAAUGAGAAGCAUCUGUGAUACUUUCAUACUUUGUGGAAUUGGGUUUUUUUUCUCUUGGUCUUUGAGCCGUUUGGAAAAAGCUAACUGGCUGAUCUUAAUGCUGGAGUCUGGCUUUGCCCAACUUUUGUACACACGUGCUACCCCUAUCCCCACCUUCUUUCCAUCAGGACUGCUUUGCUUGGGCCUCUCCUGUUGGCAAUAACUGGCACAUCUCUCCUUAUGAGAGACCCUUCCUCUUCCUCCUCUUCAUUCCUCUUGUCCCAGUGUUCCAGGCACACAGAGUGGGAACAGGUAGCAGCUCACAUCUUGCUGCUUGGGGAGAGGAUCUGCUGCCCAACCCAAAAUUGCCAUGGGCAGCACUUGCCUUGAAUUGGUCUGUGGGCUCUUCAGGCUGCUUCCGGCAAGGUUGUGCAGCUUGCCAGGCAAACUGUAGCUGCAAAUCACCAAAAAGAGGCUUAGUUAUAGGCUCAUGAUGGUUGGGGAGAUGGCCAGGACUAGCACUUGCUGCUCCUGCCUGCCCUUCAUCCUGCUACUGGGUAGGCAGAAAAAUCUUCUUUGCGGUGCAAGUCAGAAAUUCUUGUCCAGUGACCCCCACCUUCAGUUAGUUGCAGCUGUGUAAGCAGUCUUUUGAGCUGGGUGUCGGCAUCAGAAUGUCCAGUCUGGUAUAAUUGCAUUCCUACUCCUGGAACCUUAGUGGUUGGAUUUGCUGAGCAGAAGCAGCCAGCACUGUAGCUUGCUGGAGCUCAGGGGCCAGAGCACCUAGGCCAGCACGGCCUGCCAAGGUCUUCAGCUCUCACUGCAGAGGCGGCAGCAGAGUCACAUGUGGCUGCUGUCCCAGUGUUACCAUCUGAGAAAGGGUUCUUGGGUGAAUGUGCUGGAGGGAGGGAGGGAGGAGCCAGCAGGCCGUCACGCAGUGGGAGGAGCUGCUGCUUCAUACGGAGGCAGGGUGGAAGCUGUGCACUCAGUGUCGAAAUGGUUCCUUGGACAAGCUCCAAAGCUUUCUCUGCUGCAAACCAGGUAAUGUUUAUCUUGCCCUUCUCAGCACCUGAAGCCAGGCUCCAGCUCCGCUUGCUUGAGAAUAAAGGAUUUUUUUCUUAACUCUUCUGCCCCCUUUGGAACCAGUGCCAAGAACUAAACUUCAAGAGAUCUACUUUAUAUAGAGACCUUGUCUAACAGGUUUUAAUAUAACGACUAAACUCUGUCACUUGUUGGAUGUCCAGCUCUGGCUGCAUUCUUUAGACGCCUACUGUGAAAGACAGGGUUUUUAAACAUACAAAAAUGGUGUUUUGAUUCAAAUAUGAGAUUUACAUUGUCUUGCUUUGUACGGGGAAAAAAGUAAAAAUAAAAAUCCUCAAACUUUA